GAGAAACCCAUGCUCUAAACCCAAGUAGAAAGUGCAUAAGGAAAGCAAAAAGAGAAGUAGAAAGCAAGGGAAACGUUCAGAAACUGAAAACUCCUAUGUCCCCUACUUAAGGCACACGCACGAGGCAAGAUGCUCAGAGAACCUAGAGCCACGGUUCCCACUCAGACUUGCCCACCCCAGCCAGGCCAGCAGCCUCUGCAGGAUCCCCAAUGGCCCUGCCCUUCUCCUUCUUGGUGGCCCUGGUGGUGCUCAGCGGCAACUCCCUCUGCUCUCUGGGAUGUGACCUGCCUCAGAACCAUGGCCUGUUUGCCUGGAGGGCCUUGACGCUCCUGGGACAAAUGAAGAGAAUGUCUGCUAGCUCUUGUGACGGGUACACACAUGACUUUGCCUUCCCCAAGGAGGUGGUUGAUGGCAAGCAGUUGCAGAAGGCUCAAGCCCUCUCGGUCGUGCAUGUGAUGGACCAGAAGAUCUUCCACGUCUUCUGCACAGAGCCCUCAUCUGCUGCUUGGAACAGGACCCUCCUAGAGGAAUUCUGCUCGGGACUUUCUGAGCAGCUGAGCGUCCUGGAAGCCUGUCCCAUGCAGGCGGCGGGAGUGGGAGAGACUCCCGUCAGGAAUGUGGACUCCAUCCUGAGGAACUACUUCCAAAGAAUCUCCCUCUACCUGCAAGAGAAGCAAUACAGCCCUUGUGCCUGGGAGACUGUCAGAGCAGAAAUCACGAGCUCCUUGUUUUCAUCAGCGAUCUUGCAAGAAGGACUAAGGCGCAAGAAAUGAGACCCAUUUCAACACGGAAGUGAAUCUCUCUGACUAA